AUGGCGGCGGCUGCGGUGGGCGCGGGCCCUGGCGCGGGGGGCCCGGGCGCAGCAAGCAGCAGUAGCGGGGCGCGCGAGGGCGCGCGGGUGGCGGCGCUGUGCCUGCUGUGGUACGCGUUGAGCGCGGGCGGCAACGUGGUCAACAAGGUGAUCCUGAGCGCCUUCCCGUUCCCGGUGACCGUGUCGCUGUGCCACAUCCUAGCUCUGUGCGCUGGGCUCCCGCCGCUGCUGCGCGCCUGGCGCGUGCCCCCCGCGCCGCCCGUCUCGGGCCCCGGACCCAGUCCGCAUCCGUCGUCCGGCCCGCUGCUGCCGCCGCGCUUCUACCCGCGCUACGUGCUGCCGCUCGCCUUCGGCAAGUACUUCGCGUCCGUGUCAGCGCACGUCAGCAUCUGGAAGGUGCCCGUGUCUUAUGCACACACCGUCAAGGCCACCAUGCCCAUCUGGGUGGUCCUCCUGUCCCGGAUCAUUAUGAAGGAGAAGCAGAGCACCAAGGUGUACUUGUCACUCAUCCCCAUCAUCAGCGGCGUCCUGCUGGCCACCGUCACCGAGUUGUCUUUCGACAUGUGGGGGCUCGUCAGCGCCCUCGCCGCCACGCUGUGCUUCUCGCUUCAGAACAUUUUCUCCAAAAAGGUCUUGCGAGAUUCACGGAUUCACCAUCUCCGGCUGCUCAACAUCCUGGGCUGCCAUGCCGUCUUCUUUAUGAUCCCCACCUGGGUUCUGGUGGACCUCUCGACUUUCCUGGUCAGCAGCGACUUGACCUACGUCUACCAGUGGCCCUGGACACUCCUGCUCCUGGCUGUCAGCGGCUUCUGUAACUUUGCCCAGAAUGUCAUCGCCUUCAGCAUCCUCAACCUCGUCAGCCCCCUGAGCUACUCGGUAGCCAAUGCCACCAAGAGAAUCAUGGUCAUCACGGUGUCCCUGAUCAUGCUUCGCAACCCAGUCACCAGCACCAACGUCCUGGGCAUGAUGACCGCCAUCCUGGGGGUCUUCCUCUAUAACAAGACCAAGUACGAUGCAAACCAGCAAGCCAGGAAGCACCUCCUCCCCGUCACCACAGCAGACCUGAGCAGCAAGGAGCGUCACCGGAGCCCACUGGAGAAGCCCCACAACGGCCUCCUCUUCCCCCAGCACGGGGACUAUCAGUAUGGCCGCAACAACAUCUUAACAGACCACUUCCAGUACAGCCGGCAGAGCUACCCAAACUCAUACAGUUUGAACCGCUAUGAUGUGUAGAGUCCAGAGGACAGGAUCAGACUGUUCUGUGACUCCUUCCCCGGCUCCCACAGCAGUAUCAGAAACUUCUGACAAUCAGUGAAUGUACAACCCAGCCGAGGGGACAGUGCAUAAGUCUCCAUCAGAAGACCUGGGGUUCCUGGCCCCGCGUGAGCCACAGGAGGAUCCGUUGCCUGCAGUGUAGACGGCCGUGAGCUCUGGGCAAACCUAAACAGAGACCGGUGUCUCAUGCUCUUUCUUUCUGGAGUCUGUCAUCUGAGGGCCGUGUCCCUACAGAGAUCUUGGCCACGUUGGACCUUUCCAUGUGGAAUUAUUCCCCAAGCAGUGUAGCUCAGAGCACUUGUGUCUGCACUCCAGAUUAACAUUCAGGACCCUGUGUGAAAAGCUGGGGUCACUGUGGCUGUAGACCAUGAGCUGGCAGUGGGGGUAUCCAGGGCGGUGCUUGAGAAUGUCAGACUGGCUACUUUAAUUCCCUGGCACAGAUACGCAUAGGACCAACAGGGUCACCAGGCAGACGGGGAGCCUGCGAGAAUCAUUCAGAACAUCCCCAGCCACAGAGAUGGAUCCAGUUUCCUGGUCAUCCCUUUAGCAGUUUGCAAGUUCCUGGCAAAUGUUCCAAAGCAAAAAGCGAUUGCAGUUAGCAUCCAGUUCCUGCAGCUGGCAUCCACCCAGAUCCAGAUGGAAGGGAAACUGCUCGCUCUCCUCUGCCUCUUCUUCCCUCGACAGAGCGGGGUGCUUCUCUUGGGGUGGUGAGAAGGAUCUUCGAGAAAUCAUGUUUAGUAUUUCAAGCUCUGUUUCUGUGGCACUUGUCUUUUGAGAGAGUCUUCACCUCUUCUGUGAUGACUUGGUAGGUUGUUUGGUAGAGAGAUCUUGAUUUUCUGAGGCUCUUGCAUUUUUCUAGGGAAUAUUUUAUAGUUGUGUGUGUGUGUUUUUGCCUUGCUCCCCAUUAUGGGAUGCAUUAGGACUGGCUUAUGGAUUGAAAACCGUUUUGUUUCUAAAAGUUUAAAAACAAAGUUCCCUGGCCAGGCGCGGUGGCUCACAUCUAUAAUCCCAGCACUUUAGGAGGCCAAGAUGGGCAGAUCACGAGGUCAGGAGUUCGAGACCAGCCUGGCCAACAUAGUGAAACCCCCGUCUCUACUAAAAAUACAAAAAUUAGCCGGGCAUGGUGUUGUGCGCCUGUAGUCCCAGCUACUCGGGCUGUUGAGGCAGGCGAAUCGCUUGAACCCAGAAGGCGGAAGUUGUGGUGAGCCGAGACUGCACUGCAGCCUGGGUAACAGCGAGACUCCGUCUCAAAAAAAAAAGUUCCCACUGGUGAUGCCUGUGUGACACAUUUUGGUAUUUAGUAGGAAAUAAUGUGUUUCGAAGCUUCAGGAGAAGCUUCAAAAUUGCUGAAAACAGAAUGAAUCAUGAACAUUAUCUCAAUAUUAAUAGACAAGACCACAGUGUUUUGGUUCCCUGACCUGUUUUUGUGUUUAUGUUAGGAUCUGAAUCGUGUUCUGGGUAAGGGGACGAGGAGCUAACACUGCGCUAAGAUUUGGUUUGCCAAAUCAGAUUCUUUGGUCAAGAGUCAGUGUGGGGCCAGACGCGGUAGCUCCCGCCUGUAAUCUCAGCACUUUGGGAGGCUGAGGUCGGCGGAUCCCUAGAGUUUGAGACCAGCCUGGCCAACGUGGUGAAACCCCGUCUCUACUAAAAAUACAAAAAUUAGCCAGGCAUUAUGGCACCCACCUGUAAUGCCAGCUACUUGGGAGGCUGAGGCAGGAGAAUCACUUGAGCCCAGGAGGUGGAGGUUUCGGUGAGCUGAAAUCACACCACAGCACUCCAGCCUUGGUGACAGAGUGAGACUCUGUCUCAAAAAAAAAAAAAAAAAAAUCAGUUUGGGUCUUGGCAGAAAUCAACAUAAGGAAGAUGACAAGACCCCAGUGGGUAACCCUGAGUGCUCAGGUCCGGGCUGUGGUCUCUGUCUUUUACGGCUUCAUGCAAGGACCGUGCCCUCAGGGAGGGGACCACGGCUUGGCCUGCGUGGGGUCUUAGGUGAUGGCUGCCUUCUUUCUUCUUCACACCCAGCUUCUUGCUGGCACUUGAGGGGAGAGAGCAGCAAAUGAGAGGUUCACCUUUUAUCUCCCAGCGAGUGAAGUGUUUCCCCGUUCAGAGAGGAAGUAACAUCGCUUAUGCUUGACUCCUGUUCUUUUUGUUGUUUUUCUUUCAUUUGGAAUUCUGUAUUUAAGAUGUUGUGUCAGCUGACACAUGAGACACUCCUGGACCGCCCUGCUUGGUGGUGAGUUUCCGCACCACCGGCCUCAGGUGUGUCCCUCUUCCUUCGUCUCUUGUUCGCUUGCUUUGUAAAUACUUUGGUCCCAAAGCUGAGACAAUUGCUGUGUAAGACACGAAGGCUGUUAUUUGUCAGAAGAACUUGCCGCGUGCCUUCACCGAAGGCAGUCAAGUCUGCAGUUGGAUUUUUCUCACUGGUGAAUGACAAGAAACAGGGAUCAUUUUGCACUGCAGAGAGAGAUUACGGGAGUUGUCUAUGUGAUUAUAGUACCUGAAUCUUUGAACAUGUCAUUGAACUCCAAAAUUAAUUCGACCUCCAUUCAGGCUUCAUGAAAUCUCUGAUGUUGCUGAAAUUUGUAUAUUAUUUUCCUUUUCCAAUGCAAGAUCUGCUGGUGAGGGGAAAUGACUGUUUGGUUUUAUUAUGGUUUAUAAAUUAAUAAAUGGGCUAUUUAAUUCUGUAUAUAAAUUUACAGCAAGUACGUACACUGGAAUGAAUGAGGCAAUCACAUUACACCAAAUCAGCAGAUCAAAAGACAAAUAUUUCUGAGACUUGGAGGUCCACUUUCCCUGCCGCACCCCCCACCUCCCCGCCGAGAUGGAUUCUUGCUCUGUUGCCCAGGCUGGAGUGCAGUGGCACAAUCUCAACUCACUACAACCUCCAUCCUCCGGGUUGAAGUGAUUCUCGUGCUUCAGCCUCCCGUGUAGCUGGGAUUACAGGCAUGCACCACCACACCUGGCUAAUUUUUUGCAUUUUUAGGAGAGACAGCGUUUCACUGUGUUGGAAACAGGCUGGUCUCGAACUCCUGGCCUCAAAUGAUCAGCCCGCCUUGGCCUCCCAAAGUGCUAGGAUGACAGGCAUGAGGCACCGUGCCCAGCCAGACUGACAAUGACCUCUGGAAGGCCGGUUUCCCAGCCAGUGCCCGCACCACAUGCCCCACUCCCAUGCUUUCAUCUGCAGGCCUGCCUUCCUGUCAGCCUCCUCGCUGCUGGGCUCUGCGGUAGGGAAUUUCCUUUACCCAUCCAAGGCAUGGUCUGGCUGGUAACACUGACUCCAACCCAGCUCCUUCAUUUUAUAGAAGGAGGCAUUUCUGAAUCAUGUUUGUUCACUAUGGCGAGACUCACAGGAUCCUAAGUCAUUCAUUCUAGGAACAGUCAAGCCCCAAUCACAAAGGGGUCAAGCCAGAUCCGUUCAAGUGAGGAAGCACUUGCAGUUUCUGAAUUUUGCUGUGUAUUUGUCCUGCGUCACCCAACAGACCCUUUGCUAUAGGUGGGACAUUACCAGACCCCAAUACCUUAAGGUCUCACAGCCUGAAGGACACAGAACAUUAAGUUAUUAAAAGACCUGAAAAUAUUAUAAUUUUUUUUUCAAUUGUCACCUGUUUUCAAGACUUAAAUGCUAUAGACUUUUCUUCGGGAAUGACGUGUAUAUUCAUCACUGGCAUUUACCAAAAAUAAAUGAUUUCCAGGGAA